UUCAAGAUGGCCGAGUUUGCAGUAAGCCUUCAACACCACCUCUUCUCCUGCUCUCGCCAGAAUUGUAUGCGUUUUGGCUGGCAGCCUACCAACGCAUGCUAGAUGCCUGCAGUGGGGCUCUACCUCUCUCCAGUUAGGCUCUUAUUGUGCGAACUGCCUUCCCAUCCCACGUCUCUGGGACCUUUCGAAGACCGCGACACCAUGCUGCUUCAUUUUUCAUCCCACUCGUCCAUCUUUAGCUACCCUUAGCGGCGCUUACUCCUUCCAGCCCUACCACCCCUACUUCACCAUGGAGAACGUUACAAGGCGACACUUCUUUUACCAUGGAAACACGGAAGAGCAGACUCCCGGCGUAACCGAAGAAAAAUCCAACUGCCACUGGUGCCAGAUCCGCGCGUUCCCCACGCACCAGCAAUACCCCAUCACCAUCGUCAAUGACGAGGACGACGCGACCCUCCCGUCCAACUUCCGCUUCCUGUACCACUCCGUCCUCGGCGAAGGCGUCGAGGCCGCCGAGCAUAGUUUCCGCUCCGGCUGCGACUGCGCCGACGACGAGGACUGCCAGUACGGCCACUGCCUGUGCCUGCAAGAGCAAGAAGAGGCCGCGGAGGACGGCGGCGCUGGCUUGGACGAUGUGGAGGGAGGCCGCAAGAAGGUGUACCGCUACCACAUGCACGGCCACAAGGCCGGCUUGCUGAGGAGCAAGUUCCUCGACUCGAGACAGCCUAUUUAUGAGUGCCACGAUGGGUGUGCGUGCUCCGAGGCGUGCCCGAAUCGAGUGGUCGACCGCGGUCGGAAAGUGCCGCUGCAGAUUUUCCGUACGCAAAAGACGGGUUGGGGCGUCCGCUCCCCCGUGGACAUCAAAAAGGGCCAGUUCGUGGACAAAUACGUCGGCGAAAUCAUCACGCCCAGGGAGGCGCAGCGCCGGCGCGACGAAGCCGAGGUGGCCGCGCGCAAAGACGUGUACAUGUUCGCGCUGGACAAGUUCACCGACGAGGCCUCGCCCGACACGCGGCUGCGCGGCGACCCGCUCGAGGUGGACGGCGAGUUCAUGUCGGGCCCCACGCGCUUCAUCAACCACUCGUGCGGCCCCAACCUGCGCACCUUUGCCCGCGUCGGCGACCACGCCGACAAGCACAUCCACGACAUCGCCAUGUUCGCCAUCCGGGACAUCCCCCGCGGCGAGGAGCUCACCUUCGACUACGUGAGUGGCGUGCACCAGGACGAGGACGAUGGGGUGGACCAGGAGGAGAAGAAGCAGCACAUGACCAAGUGUUUUUGUGGGAGCAAGAACUGCCGGGGCUACCUCUGGUAGUCUAUUCGAGUUUGCCAUUUAGCCUUGGCAACCCGUUGACGGUUUGCUGGGACAGGCUUGUCUUUCUAGCCUUAGCCUACCUUAACUCGGGAGAGAAACCUAACAUUGCCUU